UCUAUGUUUCUGACCUUCUUCACUAAGGAAGCUUUUUAAUUUGCAAUAGUAAACAUGGCUUCUUCUUAGCAAAUAAGGUUGGUCUAGUUGGUAAAGCCCUUCAGACCUACACCUUUCAUGUUAUAGUUUUGAGUCAUCUCCCCUUCCCUAAUGUAGAAAUUAUGUAAUCCCAACACAGAGAGAGAGAGAGAGAGAGAAAAAUUUAUAUAUAUGGCUUCUUCUUCUCCUGAUUCUUCAGCAAUCUAUCCUCAACAAAAGUAUAAAUUUCCAAAAAAGUAUGAUGUGUUUCUCAGUUUCAGAGGUGAAGACACCCGUGAUACAUUUGCUACCUAUCUUUAUGGGGCUUUAUCUGCAAAUCAAAUCUUAACUUUCAUGGAUCAUAAAGUUGAGAUAGGCGAUGAAAUUUCACCCACACUUUGCAAAGCAAUUGAGGAAUCGAAGAUUUGGGUAAUCAUUUUCUCUAAAAAUUUUGCUUCAUCCACAUGGUGUUUGGAUGAACUCGUGCAUAUACUUGAAUGCAAGAAAAGAAAUAAGCAGAGUAGCAUUAUGCCAAUCUUUUACGGCAUAGAUCCAUCAGUUGUACGAAAACAGGAGGGAAGUUACAAAGUUGCAUUUGAUGCACAUGGCAAACGUUUCAAGGAUAGAAUGGAGAAGGUGCAUGAAUGGAGGGCUGCUUUAACAGAAACAUCCAAUAUAUGUGGGUUGGAUGCAAAGAAUUUCAGGUAUUUUAAUUUUCUUCCCGAGGUUAAGUUAGUUCAAAAAAUUGUUGAAGAUAUAUCAUUGAAAUUGCGAAAAUUCCAACCUUCAAAUGAGCAUUACAAGGGGUGGCUCGUUGGAAUUGAAAAAAAUAUCAAGGAAAUUAAUUCAUUAUUAUCCAUUGAUUCAAUAGAUGUUCGUAUUAUAGGUAUCUGGGGCAUGGGGGGUAUUGGUAAGACCACCCUUGCUAGUGUUGUAUAUCAAAGGUUAUCAUAUUCUCAGUUUGAAGGUUGCUCUUUUCUUUCUAAUGUUAGGGAAGAAUAUGCAAGAUGUGGACCAAAUCGUUUGAGAAAGAAGCUUCUUUCUGAAUUAUUAAAUGAUAAAGCUAUUCUAAAGAUGGGUACCCCAUUUGCAGCAUCACCAUGUAUUUUUAACAGACUUCGGCAUAAAAAAGUACUCAUGGUUUUGGAUGAUGUGGAUAAUUGGACCCAAUUAGAAGCUCUAGUUGAAGGAUAUGAUCAGCUUGCUCCUGGAAGUAGAAUCAUAGUUACAUCUAGGAAUGUGCAAGUUCUUAAGAAAGUUGCUAAUAGAAACAUUCACAAGGUCGAGAGAUUAAGUCACAUUGAAUCUCUUGAGCUCUUUUGUUUGCAUGCUUUUGGUAAUAAUUCUCCUCCUGUAGAUGAUGAAAUGUUGUUAAAUAAGGUGGCAAUGUAUGCAGAUGGAAAUCCAUUAGCUCUUAAAGUCUUGGGUUCUUUCCUUAAUUCCAAAAGCAAAGAAAAGUGGGAAAAUGCAUUAAAUAAGUUUAAAAAGUUUCCAGACAAGAACAUUUUAAAUGUGCUGGCAACUAGUUAUGAAGGACUAGAUAAAGGGACCCAAAAUAUAUUUCUUGACAUUGCAUGUCUAUUUAAUGGGCCUUUUAUUAGAGAUCAUGUAGAAAGCUUGCUAGAUGAUGGUAAUUCCUGGGUGAAAGUAGGAAUAAGUGAUCUCAUUGAAAAGUCAUUAAUUGACUACGAUAGAUAUUCAGAAGACAAUGAGCUACGAAUGCAUGAUUUGUUGCAACAAAUGGGUCAGAAAAUUAUUUGUGAUGGACAUACAGAACCUGGUCAUCGUAGUAGGAUUUGGGAUGCUAAGGAAAUUCGCCAUGUAUUGGAAAGAAAUACUGUAAGUGCAAAUGUGUUAUUGGAUCCUUCUAAAAAUGAUUCAAAUAUUGUUUUAAUUAACAAGAAGCAAAUUAUUAGGUGUGGAACUAUAGCAGUUGAAAUUAUAUCAUUCAACAUGUCAGAAAUGACUAGACAUGUAAAAGUGUGUCGUGCAGCCUUUUCGAAGAUGUGCAAUCUACGGAUCCUCAAAAUUUAUUGUGACGAUAAUAUUGGUGAUAGCAAGGUCAAACUGCACCUUCUUAAAGGCCUUGAUUCUUAUCUUUCUGAUAAACUAAAUUACUUCCAUUGGGAUUUAUACCCUUUGGAAUCAUUACCAUCGAAUUUUACUCCUGAAAAUCUUGUUGAACUGAUACUACGUGGCAGCCAUGUUCAAAAACUUUGGAAUCAUGAAGUUCAGUCUCUUCCAGUGUUAAGAAGGAUGGAUCUUAGUUAUUCCAAGCUCCUUAGACAAAUACCACAUCUGUCUCACCUGGCUCCGAACCUGGAAAGUAUAAAUCUAGAAAGUUGUACAAGUUUGGUUCAAGUUUUUCCAUGUAUUGAAAAUCUUCACAAGCUUACUUAUCUAAAUUUGAAUGGUUGCUCCAAACUUAGAGAAUUUAAAGAGAUUUCAAGCAGCGGAUGGUAUUUGGACCUUGUAAAGUGUGGAGGCAUUAAGAAUUUUCUGAGCAACAUUUGUCAGCAGAAGUUGACAUUUCUCAAAAGUUUUGGAAACAAUAUUUUGUCUCUCUCCUCACCUGGAGUCCACAUUUGUCAAAAGUUUCCAAUGAAUUUAACAGUUUUACGUUUGAGUGGGACACCAAUAGAAGCGGUGCCUUUAUCAAUUGGGAGUCUCUUUGGUCUUGUUCAAUUCGAUUUGCGUGAUUGUGAAAGACUUAGAAGUCUUCCAACCAGCAUUUGCAAGCUGAAAUCUCUUCAAUCACUAGAUCUAUCUGGCUGUGUAAAACUGGAAAAGUUUCCUGAAAUCUUAGAGCCUAUGGAACACUUGAAAAGUCUUGUCAUAUCUGGAGCAGGGAUUAAAGAGUUACCAGAGUCGAUUGAGAAUCUAAUUUCCAUUGAAUCAUUGAACCUGUACAGUUGUAGGGAAAUAGAGUUUCUCCCAGACAAGUUGUGUAAUUUAAGGGAACUUAGGUAUUUGUGGCUCGGAUUUUGUUCAAAACUUCAAAAAUUGCCUCCCUUGCCUCCUGCUUUGAUAUCAUUGGAGGUCCAACGUUGUGAGAGCUUGAAAUCGCUGGAUCUUCCAUUAUUUUGUACAGACGUGAAUGCAAGACAUUGCACGUCACUGGAGAAAGUAUCAGAUUGGAGGCCUGCACUCCAACACCAACUCUACUCUGAUUUUUCCAAGUCCCUAGAGAAAAUAUCAGAAAUUGCUCAAUGGAGAAAAUAUCAGACAUUUUACACAAUGUCUAAAAGAUUUGCUAACUUCUUUGGCUGUCACAAGUUGAAUCAGGAUACAUGCAACACCAUCAUCGCUGAUUAUGCAAUUUUUAAAAUACUUCGACCUGCCAAUCCCGAAGUCGAAUUUUGUUAUCCGGGUAACCAAAUCCCCAAGUGGUUCAGCAAUCAAACUUCGGGGACUUCACAGAAAAUCAUGCUUCCUCCAUUUUGGAAUAAUGACAACUUCUUGGGUUUGGCUCUCUGUGUAGUUGGCUGUCUGAAAAAAAUUAAACCUUAUGCGGACGUUGAAAUUAAUUGUAUACUCAAAGCCAUUGGUGAUGACAGUCCUUAUGAAUUUUAUGAAAAUCCAUUGUUUUGGGCAAACAAUGAAUGUUCAGAUCACGUAUUAAUGUGGUAUGUCCCAACAUGGAAAUUGUCUAAACCAAAUUGGCCCUCUAGCUGCAGCAUUGAAGCCUCUUUGCAUGUCUGGCCUUCGUUCUUUGACUCUAAUGUUAAGAAACAUGUCAACUUGGGCAGUGAAUAUUUUGAGAUAAAGAAGUGGGGGGUUUGGUUCGUAAACAAGGAAGAUGUAGAGAAAUUUAAUGCAGAAACUAUUCAAAGUAAGAGAAAGAGACAAGACUUUGAUAAUGAAUGUUCUAAUGCAAGUGGAAGUGAUCAAUUUCUUAGCUCUUGCUCUCAUGAGGAAGAAGACGAUGAUGAAUCACAUCUUACAAUUCAUUUGAAGAAAUUCAAACAGACGAGUGGAUUUUAGUUGGUGAAUAAAAUGCAGAGCAUUUGGAUGCUAAAGACAGAGAUAUUAUUUCCUAAGAUUUACUUUGAAGAAAAUCAAGUCUAUUUUCUGACU